AUGUAUGUGACACUUAAGCGCGCCGCAAUAUCUGACGACCUCGUACAACAAGGGCUGGACGCGUCGAUGGCCACCGGAAAUCAGCAAUCAUAUAUCCGUAUCGGCGAGUGUUUCCUCCUUCGGCAGCCCAUAAGCUAUUCGGAGGCGGCAUGCUCUUUUGUGAAUCUUGAAUCUUUCCUGGCAACUUCGGGAAACUCUGUUCUCAUUUCACGCAACUUCACAGCUCGGUGCAAUUGCUGGAAUCCUUGGCUUGACCCAAGAUUGUGCUGGGACUUCUUUUUGAAUCUUUUCGGAGAAGCCAGACCAAGACAAGACACAGACAUGACAUGGGCAUUUGGAAAUACCUUGGGCAUUUCUGGAUACCCCGGCAUCCUGCACUGCAAUGCCCGCUGCCUGUUCGAAGCACACUGACCCACCCAGCCCAACGGUUCCUGCCAUUUCCAGUUUUUUCUGCCAUUUUUUUUUUUGAUUCAGAUAGGCAUUUUUACAUUUUUGAAUUUUUUGCAGAAAACUCCAUAACUCUGCAGCGAAAUUGCGCGAAGAUGGAGCCAAUGCGACGUCAUUGCGCUGGCGACAACAGUUCUUUCUUCCUCUGCUUCGAGUACACGUGUGCAGGAGGAGCACGAAAGGCAAGAUUUUGCUGCCAUGUAUGCGGGUGCUGCUGUCCGUGUUAUCUGGCUGCAGGAUGGUGGAUGUCUGGUCGUCCAAUAUGGCGCCGUCCAGGAGGCGUAG